AUGAUAGAAGAAGAAGAAGUAGUUAUUAACAAUAGAAGUCAACAUGUACUUGAUCAUCAUAACUUACAAACAUCCUUUUGUAAAAUUAACUAUGAUGCAGCAGUAACUCAAAUAUUAUUUCCUACUUCUACUGGUAGUCAGCAACUAUUCACUACAGUCCAAAAAUCGCGUGAAUCAGUCAUGUCUGAUAUAGAGGAUACAAUUGAGCAAAUUAUUACAUCUAUUAUGAUAGGUGAACCCAUUAAAUUACCAUUUUUAACGAGAAAACUUGGCUCUACUCAACAGCACAAAAAAGAAAAAGAAGACAUUAACAAUGAUUUAAAUCCACACUAUAAUACUACUGAAGAAGUUGUCAAUAAUGUUAGAUAUUUAUCUUUGUCUAAUGCUGUGUCCACAAAAGCAUUAGCUCGCUAUAUAUCUGUGUUACAAAUGAUUUAUGAAGCUAUUGCUUAUCGAAUAAUGGUUACAAAACGAGAUAUGUUUUAUAGAGAUGUUCCACUCUUCGGUACUCAAGCUGUUAGUGCUGCUUCUAAAGGUCUCGUCUUUGGCCCUAUCAGAAUUAGAUUGAAAAAUAAUAAAAUUAUGGAUUGUAUGAGUAUUCACGAAGAAGAAGAUGAUUGUCAUGAUCAAGGAAUGCUUAUACCACCUAUCCAUCAAAUUCUUGAGAUACAAUCAAAAGCAAGCUGUAUGAUUGUUGUCGAAAAAGAGGGAAAAGGAUAUCCUGAUUUAUGUACAAGACAAUUCAUUAAACACUUUUCUACUUGUUACAGCAGUAAACCUAUUUUAGCUUUAAUGGAUAAUGAUCCUCAUGGUCUUGAUAUUUAUGCUACUUAUAAAUGGGGAGCAAGAGUGACUAUAGUCAAUACUAGUAAUAUAUUCAUCUAUUUAUCUUUAUAUAUAUAUAUAUAUAGGCUAUGGCGUUUGAUGUCUUGA